AUGAUGUUAAGACCUGUGACGUCAUCAAGUCCUGUCGGUGGAGACUCCGAGGAUCCUUCGCUGGAUUCAGAGUCUCCAGGAAGGACUUCAGCCCUCCAGGCCCGAACUCGCGAAGCAACAAUUCCCCUGAAAGGGAAGAAAGGUCGCAUGGUACGACUUAGAGGGCUGUUGGAUACUUGUGCCGAGAGAACGUUCAUUAAAAGAUCAGCUCUAGAGAGACUGCAAUAUAGGUCCAAAGGAGUUGAAAAGAUAGCCUUGAGAGGUUAUCUAACUAGUAAACCUGUUCAUGAAUACGAGAUGAUAAGCGUCGCCAUACCGCAUAAAGAUAAGUUGAUAAUAAUGGACUGCAUAGUGGUGGAUGAGCUGCCAGAAUAUGCGAAGAAAUUUGACGAUAAGAGAAGUUUGAAGUCUUUAUGUAAAACUAAGAUCAGCUUGGCUGAUAAAGAUUUUGAUUUGCCUGUUGAGAAUCAAUCAACUAUUGACUUGUUAAUAGGGGUUGAUAAUGUUUACAAUAUUUUGCAUCCAGGGUUCAAAAGGGUUAGAAACUUAAUAUUGCUGCCGACCAUAUUCGGUUAUGUGGUGACAGGCACAUGCAGUGCUCCCCCCACUAGGGAGACUCAUGUGACAAUUAUGAAGCUAGCUGUACAAACUGAAGAAAUUGAAGCUACUCAUAAUGAAAAUCCCAAGACUGAUCUGGACGCAUUGUGGAGUUUGGACAGAUUGGGAAUAGAUUGCAGUGAGUUGCGAGAACAAGACCAGAGGGUCUUAAAGGACUUUGAGAGCACUAUAACCUAUUCUGAAAUUGAUAAACAGUAUGUUGUGGCGUUGCCGUGGAGAACCAAUAGAUUCAGAUUGAAGACAAAUUUUUGUUUAGCCAUGAGCAGACUUCGACAGCAGACCAUCAAGUUUCAGAAGGAUGUGGAUUACUUGGAUCAUUAUCAGAAAAUCUUGCAAGAGCAAGAAGAUAGAGGAUUCAUUGAGAAGGUGAUCUAUAAUAAAUCUGAUGUGGAUUGUCAUUACUUUUCACAUCAUGGAGUGCUUAAAGACAGUGCCACUACUCCAAUAAGAAUAGUGUUUGAUUGCUCAUCAAAACAAGGUAAAAAUGGAUUAAGUCUGAAUGAUUGUCUAUGGACUGGACCACACGAUCUACUCAGAGUCCUGCUGCAAUUUAGAACUAACACCUUUGCUUGUAUUGGUGAUAUUGAGAAGGCCUUUUUAAUGGUACAGUUGCGUGAAGAAGAUCGCAAUUAUACGCGUUUUUUGUGGUUGGAAAAUCCAACAGAUCCCAAUAGUAAAUUAAUAGUAUACAGAUUUAGAGUAGUAUUAUUUGGAGCUACAUGUUCACCUUUUCUUCUAAAUGCAACCAUCAAGCAUCACUUGUCCACUGUGGUCUCGUGGUUACCCCGGUCCAAUACAGUGGAUGUAGUGGAAAGAUUGAAGAGAGGUUUGUAUGUAGAUAAUUUGCAAUUUACGGCUAAUAGUGAAUCUGAGUUUAAUGCCAACAAAAUUUUUGCUCAGGCUCACUUAUAUUUGAAGGAGUGGGUUAGCAAUAGCGAGUCUAUACAAACUAUUGCUGCUGCUUAUCAAAUUGAACCCAAACAAAAAAAAAUUCAUAAAGUAUUGGGAUUGAAUUGGGAUAUAAUUAAAGACGUCUUAACUAUAAAUCCAACUCGUAUUAAUAGAUCGAGUCAAACAAAGCGAGAGAUUCUCAGUACUGUUGCCCAAAUAUACGAUCCAUUGGGAUUGCUUCUCCCUGUUACUAUGAAAGCAAGGAUAUUUUUGCAGAAAUUGUGGAAGCAACAUCUGGAUUGGGACGAACAACUCGCCAACCCACUACAAGAGGAAUGGAGUGAAUUACGCAAGGACUUAGAGAAGUGUAUUGAAAUAUCUUUUCCUAGGAGUGCUAGCCUGGGAACUGGUGAUACCUUGCACAUAUUCUGCGAUGCUAGCGAAACUUCAUAUGGUUGUGUGGCCUAUAGAGCAAAUGGUGAAAGCUCUAAUAUAAUUAUGGCAAAGGGUAGAGUGGCGCCCAUCAAGGAAUUGACUAUUCCGAAAUUGGAACUAAUGGCAUUGUUGCUAGGAGCAAGAAUGGCCAAAUUUAUUAUUGACUCCUUUGAUGAGAAGGAGUUUAAACAAUUAUAUGUUUGGUCAGACAGUAAAGUCGCCCUUAGCUGGAUUGUGUCCAGUAAUGUUCUGCCUGUGUUUGUGAGAAACAGAGUAAUUGAGAUUAACUCUUUGAUUCCGGGGAACACUUUGACUACUCAGAGUCUUUUCAGGGACAACAGGUUCUUCUUCAUUGCCGUUGUCUUCUUCUUCAUCUUGGGAAAUCUCUUCUUGGAGUCUGUGACGCUCGCCGUAGGCCCCGCCCCCAGAAUGCCAUAUAAAUACGACGGACGAAGGAGGAGGACCAAAGCACCUAUCAUGAACCACGAAGAAGAAGUCGGUUCUCAGCUUCGUCAAGUUCUGGAAAAGGAGGAGUUGCUGUCCCUUGCUGCCAGAAUAAAGGACAACUACCCCUACUGCAUAAAAAUGUACAACACUUUGCUACUGACCGCCAGGGGACUGAACGGUUGCUUCCAGAACGAGAUCUAUGUGCCCAGGGAUUACCAGGACUCUCAUAUCGUCAUUUGGAGGUCACUGAUUGAGGUGUCCAGCAGGCAUGAAGGUCCAGAGGCUGGGGAGAGCAGGCAUACAAAGAAUGCUGGAAGUUAA